ACGGUUGGGUAUUUAGACAAUCAAAGUACACAAUCUAAUUAAAAGUUGGUAAGAAAAUCCAUCCACCAAAGGACUAAAAUAGCUCAACUGCUCAAAAUGUCAAACCAUUCUGAAAACUGUUUAACUAACAUUUCACGCAGCCGACUUUUCUCCCACUGCAUAAUUUUCUUGCAACUUUAAGAUAAUAAUCAUCCCAUACUAAUCAAUAAACCUCCUUAAAUUGACAAAUUUUCCACCUCACUGCUUGCACCAUCACACCCUCAUUCAAUAUUCCACGAAAACAAACGUGUCCCGAAGAACUGACACAGAAAUUGUUGUUAUAUUUUAUGUCGACUCAGUCUCGAGUUCUUACGACCAAAACUGUCGUUCACACGUUAAAACCAAACCUGUUUUUGUACGACGUUUCCAGAAACCUGGAAUCAUCAAUAAUUCCGCUGCCUGACAAGUCGGAUUCAAAUACCCUCUUAAAGCUUUGAUCCCACUUCAAUUUUCCAUUGAUUUCAUCUUACUGAUAAAAUGAAACUCAGAUUUUGUACAGUACCUGUAACUUUACUGUUACUCGUGUUUUGGAUUAAUCCCACUCCAGCUUCUGCUCAUUUCUUUCCCAACAUUACCUCAAUUCCAGCUUCUUUAAUCCCAAACACUACAAUCUGGGACGCUUUCAACGCCCUCGACGGCUGCCGGAAAGGCGUCAAGGCCGACGGGCUUGCCAAACUCAAGAAAUACUUCCAGCUUUUCGGCUACCUCAAUAAUUCUUACGAUAAUUUUUCCGACGACUUCGAUGACUACCUGGAAAAGGCCAUCAGGACCUACCAACUCAACUUCAAUCUCUACGCUACUGGCGAGCUCGACGCUCCCACGCUGAAGCACAUCGUGCUACCCCGAUGCGGCAAUCCGGAUGUCGUCAAUGGGACUUCGACUAUGCGGUCCGGCAAACCGUCGAACAGGUACAGUGCAAACUCUACUAUUCACACAGUGGCGCAUUACUCGUUCUUCCCCAACCGGCCGCGGUGGCCGCCGGGAAGGACUCGGCUGACGUACGCCUUCUUGCCGGAGAACCAGCUUUCGGAUGUCGUGAAGGGCGUGUUCGCGCGCGCGUUCGAGCGGUGGUCGGAGGUGACGCCGCUGACGUUCACUGAGACUAGUUCGUUCUACGGGGCGGAUCUCAGGAUCGGGUUCUUUAGUGGCGACCACGGCGACGGCGAGCCGUUCGACGGCGUCUUGGGGACUUUGGCGCACGCGUUUUCGCCGCCGGCUGGCAGGUUCCAUUUGGACGGUGAUGAGAACUGGGUGAUCGACGGUGACUUUCUCAACUCGUCUCCAAUGUCGGCAGUGGAUCUGGAGUCGGUUGCGGUUCAUGAAAUCGGGCAUUUACUCGGGUUGGGUCAUAGUUCGGUUGAGGAUGCGAUUAUGUACCCGACUAUUUCGUCGGGUACCCGCAAAGUGGAGCUUGCUAAUGAUGAUAUUAUGGGUAUCCAAGAACUUUACGGGUCUAACCCGAGUUAUAACGGAUCGGACCCGACUUUGACUCCAAGAACCGAGUGGGAUACGAGUGGGGCUCCACGUGUGGACUAUUUGUUGUGGAGGCGCGGAAUCCUAUUGGUUGUCGAACUAUUCUCCUUAUUAUUAUUUGUUUAGAUUUUUUCUAAUAUCUUUUUGUUUAUAUUAUUUAUUUCUUUAUUGAUGUAUUGCAGAAAUUAGGGGGGUUUUGCCCAUUAAUAGACGUACAUAUAUGGGAAUUUUACUGUAGUUGAUUAUUAUUUAUAUAAAUAUUCUUGAGAUUUUUUUUAU